UAAAAACCAAAACCCUCUAAAUUAACCAUGGUUUAUCAACCUCAAAUCCUAGAGCAAUUCUAUGAAGAAAAGGAACAAAACCCACUAAGCAAGUCAAUUCUUGUAGCCUCUAUUGCCGCCGGAGUACAGUACGGUUGGGCGUUGCAGCUGUCGCUGUUAACGCCCUACAUACAGCUACUCGGGGUCCCUCACAAAUGGGCUGCCUUCGUUUGGCUCUGCGGACCCAUCUCUGGCUUGCUCAUUCAACCCACCGUCGGCUAUUAUAGUGACCGUUGCACCUGCCGCUUCGGCCGCCGACGCCCGUACAUAGUUGCAGGUGCAUUCAUGAUCUUUGUCGCCGUCAUCCUCAUCAGUUUCGCUGCAGAUAUUGGGAAGGUUCUUGGUGACAGUCUUGAUCAAGGAAUGAAGCCUAUGUCAGUCACCAUCUUUGUACUAGGGUUUUGGGUGCUCAAUAUAGGAAACAACACGUUGCAAGGUCCUUGUCGAGCUCUCUUGGCCAACAUCUCCGGCAGGGACGAGACCAUGUUGAGGGUGUCAGACGCCAUGUUUGCGUUCUUCAUGGCCAUCGGAAACCUAUUAGGCUACGCCGCUGGUUCCUACAGUAAUCUCUACAAACAUUUUCCCUUUACGCAAACCGAAGCUUGUGAUGAUUAUUGUGCGAAUCUCAAAACUUGUUUUCUUUUCUCUAUUACCAUCCCGUCAAUAGUAACUACGUUUGCUGUCAUCUUAGUGAAGGAGGAACCGUUCGUGGCCCCCAUUGAGAACAACAUAUCGAUUGUGACUCUUGGGAAGGGUGAGGAGGCUGUAGUACCAACAGGGUUUUUCCAACAGUUUGCGUUAGCAUUGAAGAGCUUAUCAAAACCAAUGUGGAUACUACUACUCGUUACGAGCCUGAACUGGACCGGUUGGUUCCCGUUCUUGUUGUACGACACGGAUUGGAUGGGAAAAGAGGUGUACGGCGGCCGUGUUGGAGGGACUAGUGUUGAAAAAGAGUUGUACCAUGAGGGGGUUUCAGCCGGGGCAUUAGGACUAGUGUGGUAUGUCUUGACACUUGCCAUUACGUCGUUGGCUAUGGAGCCUCUAGUGCAAGUUCUCGGUGGCAUAAAGCAGAUGUGGGGGCUCGGAAACUUUCUGUUGGCGAUUGGCAUGGCAAUGACUGUGGUGAUCACUUACAUGGCUGAUCAUGCUAGAAGUGUCGCCGCCAUUACCGCUAGCACCGUUGGCAAUGCUAAUUACCUUGUGCCGCCACCACCCGAAGUCAAGUGGGCUUCUUUGUGUCUCUUCGCCUUGUUGGGUAUCCCACAAGCGGUGACCUAUAGCCUUCCAUUUGCUCUAACCUCCAUAAUUUCCAGCUCAGUUGGUGCAGGUCAAGGACUUGCUUUGGGCGUUCUAAAUCUUUCAAUUGUGAUACCACAGGUGGUGGUGGCUAUGGUGAGUGGGCCAUUGGAUGCGUUUUUUGGAGGUGGUAAUUUACCAGCCUUUGUGAUGGGGGGUAUUUCAGCAGCAUUACGUGGAGUCUUCAGCUUAGCCUGGCUCUCAACUUGA